UACCUUCUACGUGGUUAAUGUUCAAACUAAUAUCUCAUAUAUGAUUGACACUGAGACUAAUGCCCUCUGUGAAAAUACAGUUCAUGACAAAGCAACUAAUGAAAAGGAUGAUGUUGAUGCUUAUUUUAAAGCUUAUGGUCUGUAUCAUGGGUUUGAUAAGGUAUUACAUAGUAAUGGUAGUUUAUGUAAUUUGAUGAAGACUUUGGAUUCACAAUUAGAAAAAGAGGCUGAGUGGAACCAUUUUUUUGAGUAUCAGACUUUGUCAUUAUGCAUUGAAAUUACAUCUAUCAGUAAAUACUUGACCUCUCAAAUUCUUUCUAUCGAGUAUAUUGAAAUGGCACAGUGUUUAUAUUUCAAUGCAACAUUAGUUGACUUAACAGUAAUUGGAUUGGAUAAUAAGAAUGAGAAUUUAGGUGAUCAAUUUAUGGAAGAUGUUUAUGAUGCAAAGCAGAUUUUAUUUAAAUCAAUAGUAUCAAAGUAG